UCCACAGAUCUGAGGACCUGGACGGUCCUAUCAGCUCGCCCUAGACACCCUGAAGACACCAGUGGCUGGAACAGGUGCCACAUGCCGAUGGAGCCACAGGCUCUGGGUGCCUCCGCCCAGUCCUGCCUGCUAGCCUCAGAGAGGCCAGAGGCCUAGGCCACACAGACAAGUGUCAGAUGCGGACAGAUGCAUCUCAGGCCGUAGGGCUCCUGAGCAGGCUGCUGGACCAGGCCACUGGGGAGGACGAUGCCAGCCAAGGGACGCUACUUCCUAAAUGAGGGAGAGGAGGGCCCCAACCAGGCAGCGCUCUAUGAGAAGUACCGCCUCACCAGCCAUCACGGGCCACUGCUGCUCUUGCUGCUCCUCGUGGCUGUGGCCACCUGCAUUGCACUCAUUAGCAUCACCUUCAGCCAGGAGGUAAGGCCCCACCAGGCUGUCCUGGGCACUGCGUUCUUCAUGCUGACUCUGUUUGUGGCUCUCUACAUACUGGUGUACGUUGAGUGCCUGGUGCGGAGAUGGCUGCGGGCCUUGGCUCUACUCAUCUGGGCCUGUCUCAUGAUGCUAGGCUCCGUGCUGGUGUGGGAUUCCUGUCAGAAGAAAGCCUAUGCGUGGGAGCAGGUGCCUUUCUUCCUGUUCAUCGUCUUUGUGGUGUACGUGCUGCUGCCCCUCAGUACGCGGGCAGCCAUCGCGGUGGGGGUGGUCUCCACUGUCUCCCACCUCCUGGUGUUUGGAGCUGUGACAGGAGCUCUCAGGACAUCCACGUCUGGCACACAGCUGGGGCUGCAGCUCCUGGCCAAUGCCGUUAUCCUCCUGGGUGGGAACUUCACGGGUGCCUACCACAAGCACCAGCUGCAGGAUGCUUCACGGGACCUCUUCAUCUAUACUGUCAAGUGCAUCCAGAUCCGCCGGAAGCUGCGUGUGGAGAAGCGCCAGCAGGAGAACCUACUGCUUUCGGUGCUCCCAGCUCACAUCUCCAUGGGCAUGAAGCUGGCUAUCAUCGAACGCCUCAAAGAGGGUGGUGACCGCCGCUACCUGCCUGACAACAACUUCCACAGCCUCUACGUCAAGCGGCACCAGAACGUGAGCAUCCUGUAUGCCGACAUCGUGGGCUUCACUCAGCUGGCCAGUGACUGCUCGCCCAAGGAGCUGGUGGUGGUCCUCAACGAGCUCUUUGGGAAGUUUGACCAGAUUGCCAAGGCCAAUGAGUGCAUGCGGAUCAAGAUCCUGGGUGACUGCUACUACUGCGUGUCAGGCCUGCCUGUGUCGCUGCCCACCCAUGCCCGCAACUGCGUGAAGAUGGGUCUGGACAUAUGUGAGGCCAUUAAGCAGGUUCGCGAGGCCACAGGAGUGGACAUCAGCAUGCGUGUUGGCAUUCACUCGGGGAAUGUGCUGUGUGGGGUCAUCGGGCUCCGCAAGUGGCAGUAUGAUGUGUGGUCCCAUGAUGUGUCCUUGGCCAACAGGAUGGAGGCAUCUGGAGUCCCUGGCCGGGUGCACAUCACAGAGGCGACACUGAACCACCUGGACAAGGCGUACGAGGUGGAGGAUGGGCACGGGCAGCAGCGCGACCCCUAUCUGAAAGAGAUGAACAUCAGAACCUAUCUGGUGAUCGACCCCCGGAGCCAGCAGCCGCCCCCACCCAGCCAUCACCUCUCCAAGCCCAAGGGGGAUGUGACUCUGAAGAUGCGGGCUUCAGUGCGUGUGACCCGCUAUCUGGAGUCCUGGGGGGCAGCUCGGCCCUUUGCACACCUUAACCACCGGGAGAGCGUUAGCAGCAGCGAGACCACCAUCCCCAGCGGACGGAGGCCGAAGACCAUUCCUCUGCGCCGACACCGUACCCCUGACAGGAGUGCAUCCCCCAAGAGGCGCUUGGAAGAUGACUGUGAUGAUGAGAUGCUGUCAGCCAUUGAGGGACUCAGCUCUACCAGGCCCUGCUGCUCAAAGUCUGAUGACUUCCACACUUUUGGUCCCAUCUUCCUGGAGAAGGGCUUUGAGCGUGAGUACCGCCUGGUGCCCAUCCCCCGGGCUCGCUAUGACUUCGCCUGUGCCAGCCUCGUCUUCGUCUGCAUCCUGCUUGUCCACCUUCUAGUGAUGCCCAGGAUGGCAACUCUGGGUGUUUCCUUUGGGCUGGUGGCCUGCCUGCUGGGGCUGGUUCUAAGCUUCUGCUUUGCUACUGAAUUCUCGAGGUGCUUCCCAGCCCGAGGUACGCUCUGGGCCAUCUCGGAGAGUGUGGAGACACAGCCCCUGCUCAGGCUGUCCCUGGUUGUGCUGACUGUUGGCAGCCUACUGACUGUUGCCAUCAUCAACCUGGCACUGAUGCAUAACCCAGGCCUGGAGCAGCUGAGAGACAAUGAGACGAACCCUCUGACUUCAGGGAACAGAGUUGGAAUCCCAUGCGAGCUCCUUCCAUACUACACCUGCAGCUGCAUUCUGGGCUUCAUGGCGUGCUCUGUUUUCCUGCGGAUGAGCCUGGAACUGAAGGCCAUACUGCUGACAGUGGCCUUGGUGGCCUACUUGCUGCUCUUCAACCUCUCCCCAUGCUGGCACGACCCAGACCACGGCACUGAGAGCAAUAGUACAAACAGGACGUGUCAGCUCCUGUCUGCUGAACAAAGCAUGCACAACCACACCCUUGCUCUGGAGGCUCAGGUGACUGCGCCCUCCCCCAGCAGAUGUUUAGAAAGAGAUCUGAAGACCAUGAUCAACUUCUACCUGGUCCUGUUCUAUGCCACCCUCAUCCUGCUGUCCAGACAGAUUGACUACUACUGCCGCUUGGACUGUCUGUGGAAGAAGAAGUUCAAGAAGGAGCAUGAGGAGUUUGAAACGAUGGAGAACGUGAACCGCCUCCUCCUAGAAAAUGUGCUGCCAGCACACGUGGCUGCCCAUUUCAUUGGUGACAAGGCAGCUGAGGACUGGUACCAUCAGUCUUAUGACUGUGUCUGUGUCAUGUUUGCCUCUGUUCCGGAUUUCAAAGUGUUCUACACUGAGUGCGAUGUCAACAAAGAAGGGCUAGAGUGCCUUCGCCUGUUGAAUGAGAUCAUUGCUGAUUUUGACGAGCUGCUGCUGAAGCCCAAGUUCAGUGGUGUGGAGAAGAUCAAGACUAUUGGUAGCACCUACAUGGCUGCCGCAGGGCUCAGUGCCCCGUCAGGACACGAGAACCAGGACCUGGAGCGGCAGCAUGUGCACAUCGGUGUCUUGGUUGAGUUCAGCAUGGCCCUGAUGAGCAAGCUGGAUGGAAUCAACAGGCACUCCUUCAAUUCUUUCCGCCUUCGAGUUGGCAUAAACCAUGGGCCUGUGAUUGCUGGAGUGAUCGGAGCACGCAAGCCUCAGUACGACAUCUGGGGAAACACAGUCAAUGUUGCCAGCCGCAUGGAGAGCACUGGAGAGCUUGGGAAAAUCCAGGUUACAGAAGAGACGUGCACCAUCCUCCAGGGACUAGGAUAUUCUUGUGAGUGCCGAGGACUGAUCAACGUCAAAGGCAAAGGGGAGCUGCGGACUUACUUUGUGUGUACAGACACUGCCAAGUUUCAAGGACUGGGACUGAACUGAGAUGUCUGGUGGUCAGGCUCCUUCCCUGAGGGAGCCAAGACUGCAGCCCCGUGCCAGCGGCAGAUGGCUGUGUGGCUUCUUUGGACUUGCACUACAGGAUGGCUCUGACCUGAUUCUGUUUGAAGCGGCUACUGAGUUAUACACAGAACCUCUGUGCUGAAGCCCGUGCAGCUCCAAGUUAGCAAGAUGGCUGG